GCAGUCUGCUGCAAUGGACAGCAAGCAGCACUAAUAUCGGCACAGUACUACAGAGACAAUAGAAACGAACUCAGUUACACAACAAACCAACAACAUGUCCUCACUUACUCCCGAACACAGGCGCGAGGAGGUCACGGCCUCUGCCUGGAACGACGGAAUGGUGAACGGAGCGAUGAUGUUCGUUCCGACGCUCGGCGGCUUGUGGCUCGCGAUGAAGAACCCGAGGUUUCGAAAACUGACCAAUGCACAGAGCCGAACGGCGAUCGCCAUCAUGCCGCCCCUGUUUACCUUUGCGGUGACGUCGGAGCAAAAGCUGACCCACCGCAUGCACGAGGUGGCCUCGGAGAGCGAGCACAACCUCGAGGUAGGUAUUUGUAUUUCUAUUUGUAUUUCUAUUUUAGUUUGAGGCCCGUGGUGCMGGGCAGAAGCGAAUCGAAGCGAACAACGGCGCCGUGCAACAAGGCCCGGUAUGCCACAGCCUUUUCCACKGCGUUUUCUGACUCUGCGUCGUAUUCUUCGUCAAACCGAUCAUACCUAUGCGAUGAUUGGUUUGUUUCGCUCCAAAAAACAUUCUUUCUCAACAACAACCGCUCCCGGACGCACUCACUAAUUAUGACACAACUCAAUGCGACGCAAUACAAUACAACACAACACAACGCAACGCAAUGCCCGAAACACACAACGACAAAACAACCCGCGCUGCGCAACCGAAAACGCACCGCCAACGACAGACCGUCGCCUGGGCCGAGCGCGCAAAGAACAAGGGGACGACCUCCGAGGAGGUCCAACUCCGCCAGCUCUACCGACAGUCGAUCCUCGACACGGGAGUUCGGCUGGUGGACACUCCAACCCUGUCGGCCUACCAGUCCACGGCCAACUUUGUCCAGUCCAACCCCUUCAAGUGCAUCGCUGCCAUCGGCAUGCCCUCGGUGGCCUACAUCUUCUACGGCCAGGGCUCCAAGAAUGGGGUCGCCGAGUCCUUCCAGAUGCGCCUCCUGCACACCCGGGUCUUUGGCCAGUUUGCCGUGAUUUGCACGCUGCUGGGCGUCAUGAGCCUGAAGGAGGUCAUGGACCGGUACGGGCGGUACGUGACGGAGGACGAGAUCGAGGCGAGGGUUCGGGAAAUGGAGCAGACCCGGACGCGGCUGCUGACGAAGCAGGAAUACCAGAACGCGCUGCGGCGUCCGUCGUGAGACAGGCUCGUGUUCGUUCGGGCAACGCCCGGGGACGGCGAUGAAAACCAACACGA